UCGACUAAACGACAACGAGCAUGUGCAGUUUUAUUUUCCACGUUUCCUAAACUCAACCGGUAAACGUUACGGUCUGUACUGUCUAUUCGAGCGGCGACGAAACAUGCGCCAUGUUGUCAAGCCAGAUGUAUCGUUAUGUUGGUGCCUUCCUGGCUUUCGCCGCCGUCAUACUGUUGGCGGGAUGGGUGUGGAAUGACUCUACCACUACCGACGUGCCGGUAGUCGAGAAAGACGCAGUUAGGAAAGAUGAAGAAACGACACUUCCUGCUGACGUCAAGGAUGUGGAAGUGGAAGCGGAUAUGCGCGCGGAUGCGGAUGCGGAGAUGCGUGCCGAUGCAGAUACACGUGCGGAUGCGGAUACACGUGUAGAUGCGGAUACACGUGUAGAUGCAGAUACACGUGUAGAUGCGGAUACACGUGCGGAUGCGGAUACACGCGCAGAUGCGGAUACACGUGCGGAUGCGGAUAGAGAUGCGGAUCUUCCACUGUUACUGUGGUGGGAUCCCGUGCACGGCACCACAGACCACAAGCUGGAGUGUGGCGACGUGUCGUGCUUCGUGUCCGUCGACAGGUCCAGACUGACGGAGAAGGAGCUUAUGGGGGUUAUGUUUUACGGCUCCCGGUUUGCGGAAGAAGGCCUCCCAAUGACCCGGAAGCCAGGUCACAUAUGGGCGGUGAUCCACGAGGAGUCCCCGAAGAACAACCAGUACAUUUUCCAGAUGAAGUACGUCGCUGAGCUGUUCAACUUCUCCUCCACCUACAAGAGGCAGUCCCACUACCCGGUCCCCACCAUGUGGCUCGAGAACCCGGACCACGUCACCGACACCACGUACGUUGUUCCGCUGGCCGAGAAGAACCGCCUGCGGAAAGAGGGCCUGGCACCAAUCGUGUUCGUGCAGAGCGACUGCAACACGCCCUCCGAUAGGUCGCACUUCGUCGAGAUGUUGAUGAAACACGUGGACGUCGACUCUUACGGCGCAUGCGUCAACAACAAAAAGUUACCGGAGAAUUUGUCAUUUGCUACAUCGAUGGCGCCAAUGGACUCACCCGAAUUUUACAAACUUCUAGCCCAGUACAAGUUUGCCAUUGCCAUAGAGAAUGCUGUUUGUGACGAUUACAUAACAGAGAAAUUCUGGAGGUCCAUUCAGCUCGGAAACAUUCCAAUCGUGUUCGGAUCACCAAAAAUAAAAGAUUUUCUGCCAGCUAACAAAUCUGCUAUCGUCGUCAACGACUUCAAGUCCCUGAAGGACCUGGCCAGCCGCAUCAGGCAUCUGGACGGCAACGACGCCGAGUACGAGCAGUACCUCCAGUACAAGGCAGACGGCAUCACCAACAAAGUGCUCCUCAAGGAGCUGGAGGGGCGCGAGUGGGGUCAGGGCAAACAGUACGGCAUGUUCGACGCUAUUCAGUGUCGUCUGUGCGAAAAACUCCACAAGCUGCACAGGCUGGCCGAGCAAGGGAAACCGCUGCCAGUUUGGAGGACGAAAUUCGACCAUUUCAGUUGUCCCAAAGUGAAGGAUUUCGAUUCGGAGGGACAGUACGUGCUGGAGAGCAAGUUCUACAGCGGAGACUGGGAUUUCGCCGACUACUACGCCAAGGGCAUCGUGCAUUUUCUAGAGAAGGGAGUGAACGCGACGCGGCAAGACCUGCACAACUACGCCCGAGAGUUAGAGACAAACAGACAGCCAAAAGACGAAUUGUAAACCAAAGAGUAGAAUAGUUUAUUUUGGUUUUUAUAUAUGAGACGUCUGUCGUUAGUUCCACCUUACAUCCAUAAUAGAAAUAAUUACAUUUUUUUUUAUUUGAACAAACAUCACUAAGACAUGAUAAGGUGAUGUUAUUAUUAAAAAACCAAAAAAAAUAAAAACACUGGCGUAGGAAGCGGAGGGUGGUUGGUGGGGGUGAGGGGCUUGUGUCCCCCACUGUAGUAAAUUCAAUAGCUACGAAAAGAUACGCUCCCUGUGGGAAGGACUAUAGACAAGGUGAUGUUUAAAGAAAAAGAAAUUGAACACCACUUAGGCAUAAUCAAAUGACCUACUUUUCAGAUUUGGAGAGUAUCCAGUUACGAUAAGGUGAUCUAUUUUUGAUUCGAAUGAGCGAAACCCAGUCAUAAUUAUUUGGUUUGGUAAGGUGAUCUAUUUUUAGAUUUGUACAAGAUACCCAAUCAAGAUAAGGUGAUCUAUUUUUAGAUUUGUACACGAUGCCCAUUCAAGAUAAGGUGAUCUAUUUUUAGAUUUAUACAAGAUGCCCAUUCAAGAUAAGGCGAUCUAUUUUUAGAUUUGUACAAGACACCCGAUCAAGAUAAGGCGAUCUAUUUUUAGAUUUGUACUAAUUUUUUUUAGAUGAUAAUAACCUUACAGUCGUGAGGUUAUCAAUCUUUAGAUUAGAAAACAAAAUCAACAUCUGUAAUCAUUGUUAAUCCGACUGGGUUUUUAAAAAUUAUUAUUUAAAAAAUUAUUAUUAAUAAACAAAUUGUAUUAACAAACAACAUCUAUAAUCUAAUCUUACUUUUAUGAUUGUUAAUUCGAUCGUAUAGUCGUUGUAAGGUUUCUAUUUUCAGAUUUUAACAAACCACAUCUAUGAUUGUUAGUUUGACGUCUUUGACGUUAAUUAAAGCCAUAAUACAGUGCUAUAUGUUCAGAAUUUGAUGAACAUGUGUUAAGCUAUAUUAAAAUCAUAUAGCCAAUAUAUUGUUUGAUAGAUAUUUGGGCACUAUUGAAACAAAGCUCAUUAAUACUGAAAAAAAACCCGCAGCACAAAACCACGAUUAUUUUGAAAGGGAUGGCCCAAACAUGUUUAAAACCUCAAUUCAUAGGCCUCUGUUUUUUGACUCUCAGACAACUUGGACCAAACUUACAAAGCCUGGUUUUACCUUACUCGUGUAAACACAUAUUUGUCCGCGUUUAAGAAAAACAGUCUUCGUAAAUUCGGCCCCUUGUAUUCCAAUGUCUGUUAUUGUUCCUGUUUCCAGUAAAUACCCUGCCUCUUAUUUCGAGUAGGCUUUAGGAAUAUUAAAUUUUUUUUUUUUACCCUCUAUGCUGCUGUCUGUUAAUUUGUCACGUGUAACAGUCUGUUAAUUUGUCACGUGUAACAGUCUGUUAAUUUGUCACGUGUAACAGUCUGUUAAUUUGUCACGUGUAACAGUCUGUUAAUUUGUCACGUGUAACAGUCUGUUAAUUUGUCACGUGUAACAAUCCUUGGUGCUAAGUUACAAAUAUUAUAAUAGCACCAUUGUAGUUUGGUAUCUUAAGGCUGGGAGGUACUGGGUUCGCAUCCCGGUACCGGCUCCUACCCAGAGCGAGUUUAACGACUCUGUGUAAGAUCACUACACCGACUUCUCUCUAACAACUAACCCACUGUCCUGGACAGACAGUCCAGAUAGCUGAGGUGUGCCUCAAGAACAGCGUGCUUGAACCUUAAUUGGAUAUCAGUACGAACAUAAAUAUAAAUGCAAUGAUAUCUUAGUUGUUAGGGGUCGUGUGUUUCAUAGCUCAAACUCUGACAAAUUCAAAGCGUUUUUAUAAAGCUAUCCCACACCCCAGCCUCUGUAUCUAAACCUCCCCAACCCCCAACCCCCCAAAAAAAAACACAAUCCCCCUCCCCCCCCCCAAAAAAAAAAGAGUAAAUAAAUAAAAAAAUAAAUAAUAAAAAACACGUUUACCGUUACCCAAAACUUGACCACUAUUUAAAACAUCGGCCUUUACUUAAAAAUUUACAGUACUUAUUUAGAGGUGGGUGUAUUUCGAUGAGUAGUUUCGAACGUUACAUUACAUUUGUUUUUGUUGCAUUGUUUAUUGCAAUAAACCAUUUUAAAAUUUA